UCCACUGGCUCCACCUCAUUCUCCAUUCGACUGUGAAGAGAGUGGAUGUGGAAAAGGGCGGGCAACAAGCUUUAUUUUCCCUUCUGCAGGCUUCAAGUCAACAGGCUAAAAAGCAUCUCUUCAAUGUGUGGAAAAAAGGAGGAGUUGAGUUCUGGGCAGCUGCUGCACUGAGACAGAGACAACCGAAAUCUGUGAGUAUUGUCUGGCACUGGAGAGAGGGAGAUGGAGGAGUGAAGGAUCUGAGCCACAGAGAGGUAAGUCUCUCCGGCUUCUCAAAGUGAUUACCUCUGGGAGUGGAGUCGUCGCUCACAUCUGCAAUUAUCUCGCCCGUCUAUCUCUUGAUGAAGGACUGGUGAUAGUUAUGCUGAUUAUUUUUUAUCUCCGGAGUGAUUCAGCUGUAUUUAUCAUAAGUGAAUCAUUAUGUAAAUCAAAUUUACCUUCUAAAAGGAGCACACUUCUUUUGAUUUUAUCAGACCGCUGUGCACUCAGACCUCAGUGUCUGCUAGCUGGCAUUUUUGACACAUAAAACGGAACAUGAUUGUGAAAGCCACUGGGAGUAAAUUGUGGUCUGCUGAGGGCUGCUAAGAAACUGCACUUGAUCACGAAGUACUUGCCUUUGCAAUUAUGGUCAAAGCACCUACAUCUGAAUCAAUCGCCCUGGGGCCAAACAAACCAAACGAUGCCCAGGAGAGUGCUGUCCAACAGGCAACGUCCAGCACGCUCAAAACUCCUCUCAAAGAGAUCACUGUGUCUUUCAUCAGGAGGACCAAAAUCCACGGUUUGAAGUUCAUAUUCUGUCCAAACAAGUCGAAACCACAGCAGCUCAUCUGGACUCUGGCCUUCUUUCUUUGCAUAAGUCUUCUCUGCACCUGGUCCUGCAACCGGAUCCUCUACCUGAUGUCCUACCCUGCUGUCACAAAGAUCUACAUGGUUUGGGCUCACAAUAUGUCCUUCCCAGCUGUCACUUUCUGCAACAAGAAUGUGUUUCGUGCAUCUAGUAUGACUAAGGACGACCUGUAUCACAGCGGUUACUGGAUGGACCUCAUGUAUCCUAACCACACUGUCAUAAAAAGGAGCCUGUCCAUCCUGAAAGAAAGCCAUAAACCAGCUCUCCUGGGUACUGCUGGACUUCCAGAACUACACCCCGCCCCCUGAU